AUGACAAAGCCCCGUGCUUCAAGGAUAUACGAGUCAACAAGUAUAGUGUGCUCGUGUGAAGGGGGGGCCACUAGUGCUAUUGAGAAGGUCCAAUAUGACCAUCGAAUGGGAUCAUUAUUCUUCUGUCCGUCAUGCCAAACUUUAAAAUGCCCUGAAUGUUGUGCACAUCAUUUGGAGUCACGAUUGUGUACCAAUUGUGGUACAGACUAUAUUGAUUCAGGAACAACAUCUGUGUGUGACAAAAACUGUUUUGUAUGUCCACUUUGUUCAAGUGAUUUGUUGAUUCAUGGUUCAAAUACUUUAGAUAAUAACGGGGUACAGGGGAAAAGCUUCACCUUUAAAUGUGGUUUCUGUGAUUAUUCUUAUGUGACCUCAGUGAUCACCACCCCAAGACCUUUGCAUCGGAUUUUAAAUAGUGAACGGAAAAGAAACUUGAUUCACCAUAAAUUGUUCGAUACAUUUAGACUAACUUUAACACAAGAUCCCGAUAAAAGUGGAAGCUAUUCCCAAAUAAGAGAAAAGGAUGAAAUCAGACAAAAACUCUCCCAGCUUAAUAUUUCUCAUGAAAACACUAAAGAUUCAAGUGAAACCGAAAGAUACCCUAUUGAUUUGGAACAAGAUUAUGCUAUGGCGAAUGAAAGGAAAUUAUCAACAAAGCAAACUAGAAAUUAUUCUGCAGAUAUCUUAAACCAGUCAAUCUAUAACAGACCAACACAUAAUGAGCUAUAUCCUCUAGCAGCUUCAUUAACACUGCGAUGGUCUCACUCAUGUCUUGCGUGUCAUACUAUUUUGGAUAAACCAUCACCUAAAGACUCGAAUAAGUUUAUUACUAAAUGGAAUGCCAUAGAUUUCCUUCCAGCGAUUGAUUUCACAUAUCCUCAUCUGUAUAUCAGCUGUGGUGGUUCGCCCAAUGAGUUUAUGAUACAUUUCCGUAACCCCAUGGGCCAAAAGGUUCAUUUGAAUAUCUCUUCAACAUAUGUGGUUCCUGAGUGUUAUGUGAAUAAGAGUGGGUUUGAGGUCCAAGUAUCAUUUCCCAUAUCCAAAUUCUCUGUGGGUCCUAAUACUGAAGCCACAGACCUCAUCAAAUCUAUCCCCACGGCUUUAUUAACUAAGAAUACAGUACAGGCACGUGUUGAAUAUCAGGAACGUCUAACAAGAAAGCAGGAACAAGGACUUGAAGUCUUAGAUAACAUUCUAGACUCCCAGUACAAUUGGUGUCUGAUUCCUCUUAAUAUAACUUGCUUGAUUAAAAGUAUACAGCCCAUUUCAGACACAAGCAACACCGUACAUAUAAAGCUUCCGCUUUAUGUUACUAUGACAUCUAAAUUGCCCGAGCCCAUUAAGCAGUUGACAUCAUUAAAAGAGACACUCAACGUAGGAUACUGGUGUUUUGUUGAUCUUGGGGAAUAUACCAUUCAAAUAUAG